UUGCAAGCGCCGCCCCAGCUCUCCGCUCCUGGCGGCCGUGCUGGCUGUGCGAGGGGCGGGCGGGCGCGGCCAUGGCCUCCGCGGCGCUGCUGGUGCUGGCGGUGCUGGCGGUGCCGCGGGCGGCGGCCGCGGACGGCCCGGAGUGGCGCAGCCUGCGGGGGAGCUGGCGGCUGCGCAGCGGGAACGGCUCGGUGUCGCUCCGAGCGGAGGUGCCGGGCUGCGUCCACACUGCGCUGCUCCGCCGCGGCCUCAUCCAGGAUCCAUACUAUAGAUUUAAUGACGUGAUGUACAGAUGGAUCUCACUAGAUAACUGGACUUACAGCAGGACAUUUAAAACUCCUUUUGACAUCAGAAAGUGGCAGAAAGUGAAUUUGGUUUUCGAGGGAGUAGAUACAGUAGCACAGAUCCUGCUCAACAAUGUCACUGUGGGGAGAACAGACAACAUGUUUAACAGAUAUAGCUUUGAUAUCACCAGCGUGAUCAAAGAGGUCAAUUUUGUUGAAGUCCGUUUCUUGUCGGCCGUUUCCUAUGCAGCAGAGCAGAGCAGGUGUCACAAAGCUUACAGCAUCCCCCCCGCCUGCCCUCCACCUGAGCAGAAAGGAGAGUGCCAUGUGAAUUUUAUCAGAAAGGAGCAGUGUUCAUUUAGUUGGGACUGGGGCCCUUCUUUUCCCACUCAAGGAAUCUGGAAAGAUGUUAGGAUUGAGGCCUAUAACCAUUACCACCUGAUUUACUUUUCUUUAACUCCUUUCUUUGUAAAGAGUACACAGCAGUGGUGUCUUGAAAUUGAGUCUGUUUUUGCGGUAGUCAGCUCCAAGCCAAUUGCAGGUCGUGUGAUGGUGAACAUUCCCAAAUUGCAAACGCAACAAACAUUCACUGUGAAGCUUCAACCUGGAGAAGGCAGCAUUGUGCUGCUUGUAAACAUCAACAAGACUUCUGUAGUAGAGGCUUGGUGGCCAAAUGGACAUGGAAAGCAAACUGGAUACAACAUGAAAACAACUUUUAUCAUGGAGCCAGGAUACCAGAUUGAGAAAUUUUCAAAGGCUUAUUUUCGGACAGUAGAACUUGUUCAGGAGCCUAUUCCUGGCUCACCAGGUCUGAGUUUCUACUUCAGAAUCAAUGGCCGACCCAUUUUUCUGAAGGGCUCGAACUGGAUUCCUGCAGAUUCUUUCCAGGACAGGGUGACCUAUGACACAUUAAGGCUACUCUUGAAGUCUGCAGCAGAUGCUAACAUGAAUGCACUUCGGGUUUGGGGAGGAGGAGUAUAUGAACAAGAUGAAUUUUACGAUAUUUGUGAUGAAAUAGGAAUAAUGAUUUGGCAGGAUUUUAUGUUUGCCUGUGCGCUUUAUCCAACUGACCAGAAUUAUUUAGCAUCUGUAAGAGCAGAAGUUCUUCAUCAGGUGCGACGUUUAAAAUCUCAUCCAUCAAUUAUUCUAUGGAGUGGUAACAAUGAAAAUGAAGCAGCAAUUUCAAGCAACUGGUUCUCCAUACCUCGUGCCCAAAGAGAGAGAUAUAUCAGAGACUACCUGAUGCUUUAUGUGAAGAACAUACGAGAGAUAGUUCUUAAUGAAGAUAGAAGUCGUCCUUUUAUUGCAUCCAGUCCCACCAAUGGCUUGGAGUCAGUUAAAGAAGGUUGGGUCUCCCAGAAUCCUUAUGAUACCCAUUAUGGUGACACUCACUUUUAUGACUACGACAAUGACUGCUGGAACUGGACAAUGUAUCCUAAAACUCGUUUUGCUUCAGAAUAUGGAUUUCAAUCCUUGCCUUCCUUCAGUACAAUCAAAAAGGUUUCUUCUGCUGAAGACUGGUCUUACGUAAGCAAUUUUUCUCUCCAUCGGCAACAUCACGACAGUGGCAACGUUCAGAUGCUUCAAGAAGUUGGGUAUCAUUUCAAGCUUCCACAGGGCACAGAUCCUGUAAAGAGGUUCAAAGAUACAAUUUACCUCACUCAGGUGAUGCAGGCUCAGUGUACAAAAACAGAAACUGAAUUCUAUCGUGCUAGUCAAAGUGAAAUAAUCAGGGGAGAAGGACACACAAUGGGAGCUCUGUACUGGCAACUCAAUGACAUUUGGCAGGCACCUUCAUGGGCUUCCUUGGAGUAUGGUGGUAAGUGGAAACUGCUCCAUUAUUUUGCCCAGAACUUCUUUGCACCACUGCUGCCUGUGGCGUAUGAAGACCAAGGUGUGUUGUACAUUUACGGUGUCUCAGAUCUUCAUGGAGACCAGAAGCUGACUUUGAGGGUCGUUGUGCACACCUGGAGUUCUUUGGAGCCAGUGUGUACCCUUGCCAAGGAAGGUGUGAUUGUUAAAGCACAAAGUGCUGUGCCCAUCUACAAGGAGUCCAUAAGUGAUAUUCUGGAAAGAUGCAGAAAUUGUACCAGGAAAAGCUGUGUUAUCACUUUCUGUCUUGUGGGAGAAGAUGGCCUCCAGAGUCCUACAAACCAUUUCUUCCUUUCAUCACUAAAGGAUGCUGUAGGAUUAGAAAAGACCCAGCUUAGUGUUUCUGUAUCCAAACAAGAUGAUACUUAUAUAUUUGUUCUUCAGACCACCGCAAUUGCUCCUUUUGUUUCUCUGGAUGUAGGGAGUAUAAAAGGCAGAUUUAGUGAUAAUGGUUUCCUUAUGACUGAAAAGAAGAAAGUGGUUGUGUUUUAUCCUUGGGAACCUACCAGUGUUGAAGAACUAGAAAAUUCACUAACCUUGACCUCUCUGUUGGAUGUUGUCUGAAAAUACCUCGUUUCCUUCUAGUUACAUAAACAGUGAAACAGGAGGAGAAGAAAAAUUAAAACAGUUUUACUGAAGUUGAACUGACAUACAAUUUGAGCCAACUGGAGAAUAUACUGUCUGUUCCUGUCAUGUGUGAAUAUUAACUGUUGGUUCAAUGUAAAGAUAUCAGCAGCAAAGCUUACAUAUAAUAUAUGCGGUGUCCUGAAAGUACAUCCAUCUUUUUUCUAGUUUCACUAUGCUUUAAGUGGAAAUUCAUCUUAAGAUAACAGCAAGCUGUAGGAAUCUUUGGAAGCCAGCAGAAGUGGGGACUGAGCCUUUGGUGGUUACUUUAGAACUGCUCUGUUGCAAGGGGUGAUCAUCCAGAAGAGCCAAAAGCUGUGGACUGUGGGAGUGACACCCAGGUUACUGAAGACUGAAUUGAGCCAAGAGCAACCCUGUCAAAUCUCCAUCUUUGUGCCAUGAAAACUGGCUACAACUAUAUUAGGAGCUUUUUUCGUGCAACUGUGCUGCAAAAAUUAUGAAGAGACCGGCUAGAAACUGUAUCCUUUGAUUGUUCUGUGUGCCUUACCUCUUUUUUGAGUUCAUAUUAUGCUUUAAGGAGUGACUUUCAUCUGUAAAAGAAAAUCCUCACAACCCAGAAAAGCUCAGUCAGUCUUUCAUAGCGUCCAAUCCUGUGUAUUAAUAUGGCUGUAGAGCCCUGGUUAUUGUAUAUGGCUUGUAAAUUAAUAAAAUUAAAUGUACUUGAGGAAGGAAGCAGUGCCUAGGAGUUGCAUGCUGAAGUUGCCAUUGCUUCUGGUUCGGGUGGGAUUCUUCCAGUGCACUUUUGGUUGUGAAUUCACUUCCCUCUGACCAGGACGACACUGAUGUAAUUUUUAAUGUUGCAUUUGUUCCUGUAACUGCAUAUUGCUAAUUGAACAUUACUAUUCGGCUAUAUAAUUGCUUUGGACUGAACUUUCAUGUCCGUAGCCCAGGGCCAUUUUGCUCAGUGUUAGUGAUGACUUGCUGUUCAGAGAGUCUGAAUAAGUAAAACUCAGUUUGCGGAACGAGGUCUCCACACCGCUGUCACACGUGCUUUCGUUGUCUUGAAAUUUGCUGUUAUAAAGCUCACCUGAGGGAGAGAGAAAAAGGAAAUAUGUUAUUCUUGUGUGGCUUGAGUAUGCUGCUUUCAGAAAAGUCUAAGGAAUGCAAACCAACAGGGUCAAAGCUCUUCUAUAGGAAAAUGAUUCUAAUAUGAGGCAUUAUUUUAGGAAAAGCUGUGCUGAGUGUUUUCAGGCCACCAAAGCAUGUGAUCUGACAUAUUGCUGGCAGAGAUCAGCUUGCAGUUGGAGCUUGGAUGGGAUGAGAAGCCUGGUGCUCUGCUGACACUAAUGUUGUCACUGCACGUUGGUCAGGACUCUGCCCAGGUGUCAAAAGGUUCUCUGGUUCUCAGAUUCAGGCUCUGAGCAAAUGUACAGCUCCAGGAUGAGGCUCAUGUAACUUAACUUACAGAUUUCUUUUUGAGACAAAUAUUUGAACAAUUUUCAUCUGGUAAGUGAACCUGAAAUACGAACAAGUCAGCAGCAACCAUCACCUGUGCACUAUUCACAAAAGGAGUGCCUGACUGCGAGGGAUCAGUGUCCAAGCUGAAGUCCAUUCCUGUUGUAAAGGAGCAGAACCCCUCCUACCCUUCAAGAUUAAUCUAAAGGCGUAAUAUGUGUACAAGCACAUUUUGGGCCUAGCAAAUAUCUAUGACAAGAAAGUCACGCUGCGGUAAAAUAUUUCUGAAGCAGGUAGGCAGCUGAGGCAUUGUGUGUGAGUGGUGAUGACGACGGAAGAGCUUUUGCUGUACUCUUCUCCAGGUGAGAUGGACUGUGUGAGAUGGAUAGUGCUUCCUGAAUGACUUCAAUGGCUUCUGUGUGAUUCAUCUGUCUCAAAGCAGCGAUCAACUCCUGAACUGUACCACCAGAGACCUAAGAGAGAAGACACCAGAUGCUCACCAUCAUCCAGGCUGGUUAGAACUGAGGGCUCCUCACUGUCCAGGAGGACAGUGUUUCUACACGUCUGAAUGUUCUUGAUAACUUGUUACAGCCACGUUACCUCAUAGUUAUCUAGCAGAGUUUUUGAUGGAGAAGGGCUCAACCUGAAGGCAUUAUUAAGUAUGCCAAGACCCAGUUUUUGUGCUAGAGUGGACCAGUUUUUGGUAGGAUCAGGCACUUCCAAUAGUUGUAAAGCUGCAUCUUGGAACUUUCAUUCAGCUCUCUCAAGUUUCCUGGGGAACAGAGAAAUAUGUUAGUUUAUUAUUUACAGAAAUCAUGCACCAGUUCAUUUCUAAGCAGAAACAAAACUAAACUGAAGAGUAUAUUAGCGUCCAGUCCCAGUGUUUAUAAAUGUAUUGCUGUAAUAUUGAAAAUGUA